UUCAGUUCGCGGGGCACAGCGGGGGGCCUAGUUCAAGAUCGCUCAAUAUCAGCCAGUACAUGCUUAUGUAUACAUUACUUAGUGUUGCCUUGGCUCUGCUGCAAGCCAAUACGAGUUCAGCAUUUCCAUUCAACCCCCGAGAAUCUCAUCUGUUAACCAGGACUGAUCCAGAAAAGGCUCGUAGUAGAAUCAUCAUGACCGUGUCGGACGCCCCCAACGGUGAUCUGAUGAUGUGUCUACCGUACGAGUUACUCGAUGCGAUAUUCCAGUACCUCAGCCCAGCAGACCUAUGCAAGCUGGCAGUCUGCUGCCGUAGGUGGCGCUGUGCGCUCAACCAGGACCUUUGGUGGCGCCCUCUCUGUCGACGAAACGGUUGGGAGUACUACUACAGCACGCUGACAGACAUCAGCAAGGAAAUCCCGUACGAGCCGCAGCAAACAUGCGAUGGAAGCGAAGUCAACGGAAAGACAACCUUCCCGAUGGAUGCCAUCGUAAGAGAAGGGAAUCCAACGGGACUGCCCAGCACUUGCAAAUGGAAGGAGAUUUACCUGAAAGCGCGCCACCUAGAGGGCAACUUGGAGCACAAUCGCUGUCACGUGACCACUUUGAAGGUGUUUGGUGAUGACGACCUGCUGAUUCAUCACGCCAGACAGAGCGGACGUCCGCACGUUCGAUGCUCAGACGGUGACGGCGAUUUGUUCACCAUGAGUUUCUCAAACGGCACCAUCAAAGUUUGGGACGUUAGAAAAGGGAUCUGCGAGCGCGUCUUUUGGGCAGUUUUGAGUGGACGCGAAAACACCGUCAAGGUUCAAAAUGGCAUAGUGGUUGUUGGGUGCACUGAAGGGAUGCUCCGGGCAUUCAGUGUAAACAGCGGCCAAGAACUUCCUCCGAUGAAGGGACAUAAGAAGAUGGACAUUCAGUGCAUCUUCUUUGACGGUGACAUGGUUGUCAGUCAAGCUGUUUCCGAUGAUGACAUUCGUGUCUGGACCGUCAGUGACGGUAUUUGCCGGCACGUCUUAGCCAGUCCCGACUCGGAGUCCAGGCUUAAAGAUGUUGAUUAUCGGGGUAAGAUCGUGGCCGCUAUUUACUGUGAUAACCAACUCCGCGUCUGGCACGCGCGCAGUGGCAGGUGCGUGCACGCGUCGAAACAAACGGACCAUCUACAGUCUUUGAAACUCGGCUACGGCACUGUGGCAAGCCUGCACCAAGCACCAGAACGCACUUGGGUAGUUGUCCGAAGUGUCGAGACGGGGGAAUGUACGUCCAUCCCCGUCGAUGACUUCGAAAUGUCCGUAAGUCAUUUGUGGAUCCACAACUACUUCGUGAAUGGCGGGUUAUUCCUGCGCGCGCUGCCCCAUCGCAAUUACGAAGGGGUGUACCUGACGCGCAAUUGCGACGUGAAGUUUCUAGCCAAGUUUGGUCACCUGAAGACCGUCUUUUGCUUCCAUGGAAACAGAUGUGUUCUGGAGGAUAGAUACGACUACCAGAAUAAUGACUAUCACAUCUAUAAGGCCUGCACCGAUGGGCUGAAACUCUUAAGAAGCGCAAAUCAUGGGAAGGAUCAAAGCAAAAGCCUAACAGUCUGGAUGGAUGACACGAAAAUCAUAUUCCGGAAUCUAGAUGCGGACAUGAACUUGUUCGUCCAUCACUACUGGUAAUCACUGCAUGACUGCAUCGACCUCGUGACCGACGGGUACGAUCUUGCUGUCCCGUGACCCGUGUUUUUCCCACCACGCCUUGCGCGAGCUUGGAUGCAGGAGUGCGCAUGUGUAAUAGUCUGGUUCCCUGACCUGGCAAUUCCCCAGAAUGUUUUGGUCUGGGAACCAGACUACAUGCAUAAUUGGCCAUGACAUCGACAAGGGUGCACACCACUGAUCUCCACGUAACUUUUACAUGGAGAUCAGUGUUGUAAAUGUAGCAUUAUCUGAUAAAAAAUACUGUUGCAUGUGUGGUAGGCGGGAAUUAAGAUAAUUUUUUGUGAUAAUAAUUAAUUUGUAAUGGAUAGUCAAAAAUUAUACAGAUUUCUCACUAUUUCAUUACAUAGACCGCAGUGGCUUUCAAAUUGUCUUUAAAAGGUAAAUUAACAUUUUGUGUACAGUAGUGUACAGUAUUUAAAAUCUCUACACCAAGGAGUUGUACAGUUGUUUUCUAAUACCCUUCGUUUCAUAUUACAUCAGACAGUCCAAACACUUACUGCACAGCAUUCAAAUUGUAAAGGUUAUUAAUUUUGUACCAAACGACUCAACUCGAAAAUGGUCAAAGUCAAGGGAUAUCUCCAGAGGGGAGACAAAAAAAAGAGACUCCAUAAAGCAAGGCCAAACAGCUUUACUGACGUUAAAGAAAUGGAUUUAAACGCUUGGUCAGUUUCGAUUUCUCAAUCGACACUGAUUACGUUUUGGGGUUUCCUAUUCAAAUUGUGACCCAAGUUUGAUUCAUGGGGCUCCACCUUCAACACGGUUCAUUGCUUUACAGUUCUGUCUUUUGAAAUCGGCGGAGCCUUUGCGGCAAUAUAUAGUGGGCGGAUGACCGAUGUAGCCGGUCAUGUGAAAAAUUUUGGAUUCGCGUCAUAGGCUUUCAAUUAAUACUUUCUGACCAUGGUGUUUGUUAGGUUGUUUGGGUUUUUUCUGGGGGGGGGGGAGGAUAAAACCUCAAGAAAUUCGUCCUGUGUUAAUGCGCAAGGCCGAAGAAAAUAAGCAAGGCUCCUGUCCACAACAGUGGAAAAAAGUGACCGUGUGGUUCGGGGCGCCCAUCCAUCAAAUUUUGGGCCGAAAAGCGGCGGUGCUGAAUAGCGCCUGACUUCACCGUGCCUGUAUCAGCCUGAGGCGAAUUUAGAGGCUUUUCUCACUAAAAACAAAAGCGACAAAAGCUGGAGAAUUGAGAGAAAUGACCCGAAUUUUAUUUUGGACCCCGCCAUCAGCUAUGUUGAAGAUCCUGAAACAACAUAUCAUUGCAAUCAAACCCAAACGUGCCCGUCACAGGCCCAAUUCAAAAUGCUGUUGCCAAAUAUACACGUACCGUGCGUAUCGAUACCACAGCUUGCGCAACCAACUUCCCGACCGAGCCCAAACCAACAAAACCCUAAGGCCCAACUCAAUUCAUUACUUGAAAACAU